GAAGAGUAAGGUUUGCCUACCAGCCAAUUAGAGGGCAGAAGGUGUCCUACUGUUUCGCUUCGUGGUCGAAUGAACUGAGUGGACGUUGCGUCCCGCCCGUCAGAAAAUUCGAACUGUAGAGGGCGCUCUGAUUGCAGGUUUGCUCCCCAAUAUAUUUACUGGAUACAAGAUAACUAGCGGUUGUGAAACAGAGAGUUCUAUGGAAUUUGUGUAGAAUCCUUGUGUAACCGGGGGAUUUCAGGGCUGUGUGUGUAUGGGGCAGAGGUCAAUAGAUCUGGUAAUGUUAAUAAAUUGUGCAAUCGUCAUAUUUAUAGAUUAAAGGCAGGUUUGCCUCACUGCAAAUAUCUAUUCAUUAAGAAGUAGUAAUUUUAUAAAAACUAUAGACCUGAGGUUACUGUGUGGCUGCAGAGCAUCAAGGGAAAUGUAGUCCACAACAGCUUGCAUUUCUACAGGUUUGCAGCAACUGCUAUAGACUAAUGUCUCUUUUCCAUGUACCAGUGAUUCAUGUGAUGAUACUACUGUUAGCAUUUGAAGACCAUAUACAUCACAGAGUGCAAUUAGGUCACCCAAUAAGCAGAGUUCAUUAGAAAAUAUGUGAGAGGGUGCCUAGGAUUCCCUGAUCCAACAGUUUUCCUGGACACGUUUCCUAUAUACAUGGGAGGUACUGCCCUGCUGUAUGUAGAAUUCACAUGCUGCUGGAUACCUUAUGGAUAAAUUAUAUGAUUUCCCUCCGGCAGCUUUUGAAUUGUACAUACUGCCAAUCGUUAUGUAUAUAUGUUACGGAACACAGGAUUUAGCAACCCUAAUGAUGCCGGAGAUUCUAAGGUAACUGCGUUAUGUUAUUCACACCACACACUUGUGCCAAAAAAAUAUUAGACCCACAUACAAAUAUCUUCCAAUAUUUAUUCCUUAAGACUAAACGCUGUCACACGAGGUACACAAGGUAUGAAUUUAAUGCAACCCCCAGUUUAAUACAACAGAAGUAUACAAAAUAAAGUAAAUAAAAAAUAAAUAAAUAUAUAUAUAUAUAUAUAUAUAUAUAUAUAUAUAUAUCUAUCUCUUAAUGCUGCUAUAUCAGAAAAGGCUGUCUUUCUGGACUUAUCGUUUUACUGUGUAGGAUUAGUGUAACAGCUCUAUAAACUGAUAGAAGCCAUACCAUGAGUCACUUUAUACACUGUUUUGUGGAAUAAACCGUGUGCUGUGAUAGAUUUGGUACACAACAUUUUCUUAAUUUAUAGUACCUCCAACUCCUUAAAUUGUAAAAAGUAAUCCUAAUAUAUUUGUACUGUAUAUAAUCUACUCUAUCUGCAGAAGUAUAAGUCGAUACAUUAUUUUGAAGCUGGGCAAAUGUGGGCCUAAACUUAUAUUACAUCACUAAAAUAUGAUGCUUGACUUCUACGCAAACAUAUACAGAACAUUUUUCUGACUUUAAUAAUCCAAUUAUUGUUUCCCAUUCCCACUCAACGACUCUAAAUCCACAGCACUCCUCCUUGGUGGAGGAGCGAGAGAUCUUUCUUAUAUUAUCACUGGGUCAAAACUGGCAUAACAGACAGAAAAUUUAAAAAACUGCUCCUUUGCCGUGUCUGAGCCGGGGGCUGGCUUAUAGCUGCAGCAUUUAAAAAUAAAAAAAAUUAUUAUUUUUUUUUUUUUAAAGACUUUGCUGUACCUAUAAGGCGCAUAGAAAUGAUCGUGGGUGUUGGGUGCUCUAUACACCAUAAACAGUGCAAUAACACAAAGUUGUUAUGGUGCUUAGAAUGAUCCUUCCAGCUGAUUUGGCUGCAGCAGUUAAAAUUGGAUACACAAUUAUUGCAUUUUUUUUUUUUUUUUUUGCUGGCCAACAUAUGCUGCAGCGCUGUAUAAUGGACAUACUAAUAAAUUCAUUAAGUUAAAGCGAAUAGAUCGGUCAGACUACCCUAAAUAUUGAAUAACAUUCACAGCGCAGCAGUUUAUAUCUAUGCUGCUGGAUAAUAUACCAAGGGCAAUAGUGAAUUCCUUGCUUACUCUCCCUUAACUCUCGAUAAAAUUGACAUCUCCUGCAGCAAUGAAUUAUCUGAGUGAAAAGUGAAACCAUUUGCUCUCUCAGCAUUGCAGUGUGGGAGGGAGUGCUAUGCUGCAGAGCCACAUGUGAUGUAUCUUACAAAUCCCAAGAAUUAUCUGCUGCUACUGCCAUGAGCCAAACUGCUGAAUGCACUUAAAUGGUUUAAACAUGUUUUAAAAGUAAAUUUGGGGCCAAGCUAUGAAUAUCAUUGAUAUGUAUUUAUUUAGGUUAGAAAGUCAUGUUAAAUUGUUGUUUUUUAUUUGUUUGGGUAUUUUUAUCUCCCUAACUGCUAUGGUGAAUUUGUUGCUACCUUUGUUUAUGGGAUCGGUUUUGAUACCGUUUGAUUUAAUAGGUGUGUAACAUUGUUUCUCUUUAUAUAGCAGAGCAUUGUUUUUCCUCAUUGUACAAGUUGAAUUCACCUUGCAAAUAACUCCCUCCCACCCCUAAUCCAACAAUAAGUUUAUUUUUUUAUUUUUAUCAUAACCAUAAAAGGGGAUAUUUAUCAAAGUAUUCUGUAACGUGGUCACUAAUAUGUUUGUAUUGAUUAAAUCGUUAUAAAAAGUAUUUUCCUAAAUUCCUAAAAAAAAUUUUUUAGUAGAAAUGUCCUUUUCAGAAUAGAUUGCUAUAUUUAUAGGCAGGAAAAAGCGAAAGUGAACAUUUUUCUAGUCUAAAUCCAUAGCGUCACUGAAACAUUGGUCUGCACAUUACAAGUGCGUCUGCUGAUGCGCACGUUGCCAGCGCGUCUGCUGAUGCGCACGUUGCCAGCGCGCCUGCUGAUGCGCUCAGUCUUUGCUGCUUUGGGGACCGUUCCCUGGUGUCACUGGAUGUAGGAUUCCAAAGGAGAAAAUCGGGACGGAGGGGCUGGACCAAAAAAAGGGACUCUCCUGCUAAUAUCGCUAGAGUUGUGAGAAGUCAUGUAAUCUCCUGGCUCAGUCCCACUAUAAGUAUUUAUGUGGGUUUUACAAAUGGUUGGACAGUCACCUGGGGACCGUAGGUAUGGUCCCCCUGAUAAUAUCUCUAAAGAUGAAGUCUCUAUGUCUGCAUUAGUGACAUCAAUUUAAUUUGUUUUUGGUCUGAAUAUAUUUGGUGAUGAAUUAAUUCUAUUCACUCAGUGAAGAAAUUAAUAUAUAAAGGUAACUUCUGCUUUACGGAAGAGAGGGUUGUGCUGGAGGUGCCCGGGGGGUAGUGCUCUGGGACGCCUGGCACUAUAACCACUACAACAGGCUUUAAUCAGUGUUGAAAUCCAUUACAUAGUAACCUAGGUUAAGUAAAGAUAGUCCAUAGAGUUCAACCUUUAGAAAACAUCUUUGUAUGUUGUUGAUCUAAAAUAAGGCAAUAAAAAAAUAAUUGACCUGAUGGCUAAUAAUGCCACUUUCACGUCUUGCGAGAAGUCAGGACAUUGGAUGUAAUAGUGAAUCAAUGCUUUUUCUAAUGUCUUCUUAAAAUACAGUAGUUCUGUCCUUUUUUUUUUUUUUAGUCCUAUUAGUGAACUGUUUCACAUUGGAGAAAUAAUUUUUCUAAGUAUUUACAUUUUUUUUUAAUGACCUGCUAAUGUAAUACAUCCUAAGGUAGGUAGAUAACGUUUUACAGGGUCACUUUAUAUCCCUACUUCGACCCUGCAAAACUUGGAUAAUCUGAGCCUUAAUUUUGCUUUCCAUUUCAUACAGUUUAGGCUAUUGUGAAUAUUCUUUAUAUUGUCUAAUUUCUUCUCACUUUCGUUAUUACAUCUAAAAAUACAUUAUCAUGCCAAAUGUUGGCCAAACUAAGAAUGAAAGUAAAUUCAGACCAUUAUUAGUAUGGGGUUUGCGUGAAUAUUAUAUAUAUAUAUAUAUAUAUAUAUAUAUAUAUAUAUAUAUAUAUAUAUAUAUAUAUAUAUAUAUAUAUAUAUAUAUAUAUAUAUAUAUAUUAAUGCUGCUGUUGUUUCAGCAUGAAUGUUACUCUGACUGUGCCAUUUUUUGUUCUUUUGUGUGUUGAAGAAAACUCUGAGAAAGAAACCUGUAUUGUGUGGUUGUAUUUACUUUGUCUUUGUUUUGUUUUUUUAAGAUUGUAAUCCUGAAGGCUGAUCUCUGCAUGCACAGUUAGAAUAUCUCAAAUCCCUGUGCCGGGAACUAGCCUUCUUGCGCAAGGUGUCUUGUGUAAUAAUUAACAGUUCAAGAUCACUGAACUGAUUUAUUCAAUGGAGCACUAGCUUAGGCUGCCUGCUUCAUACAUGCAUCAGGGAUUUUACCUGUAGUCGGAGCGAGUAGGUCUUCAUACAAUAUCACUGACUGUGUUUUCAGGAAGAGGUAAGUGUGUGUGUGUGUGUGUGUGUGUGUAUCUGUUUGUGGUUGUGCAGUAAACGGAAUGUUUGAACAUAGGAAUGUUUUGUAUGGAGUAGAUGUUUGUGUGUAGUGUUGGCAUUUGAAUGCAGGAGUGUAUUUGUAUGUAGUGUGUUGUGUGUUUUGAAUGUUUUUACAUGGAGUGUGUGUGUGAUUUCAAGGGUGUGUGUUCUUUAGUGUCGGCGUAUGAAUGCAGGUGUAUUUUUUUAUAUAUAUAUAUAUAUAUAUAUAUAUAUAUAUAUAUAUAUAUAUAUAUAUAUAUAUAUAUAUAUAUAUAUAUAUAUACAUACACAAUUACACAGAGGCACAUUCAAAGAGAGAACAUGAAAAUUAGAAAAAUAAAGUUGUGUUGUAAUACAGGGUGAUUAUAUGCAAAAAUAAUUUUCAGCUGUCAGAAAAUCUAAAUAUUUAACCAAUACAAAUAAUCGUAUAAAUCAGGGCUCGCGUGGGAACGGCAUUCCUGCACUUUUUUAGUAGUCCUGAAGGACUUGUUUGCCCGCGAGGGAAACAAGGAAUUUGCCUUGUUAGCCUCGGGGUAGGCGGCCGGUUGAACUCCAGGCGGGCGGCGAGGGAGCGCUGCUUUGUGAGCUCUCUCUGCUCAGCUCCCUCUACGUGCCGCAGAGUGAUGCCGGGAGCCGGAAUAUGACGACUGGAACUCAGCAGACCGCCUGUCUGCCUUCCUGCCCAGCCAGCAGUCCCAGUGGACUCCAGGUAAAAAAUCCAUCCAGCACUCCCAAAGGUAGGGAGGCUGGGUGGAUUUAAAUUAAAAUAAAAUAAAAUAAUCUGUGUGUGUGUGUCUGUCAGUGAAUGAGUGUGUUUCAGUGAGCCCCCCUACCCGCCUUACAGAACCCCUACCUACUUAGCCCCCUACUCACCUUACAACCCCAUACCCACCUUGCAACCCCCCUACCCACUCACAGCCCCCUACCCACCAUAUAGCCCCCCUACCCACCUCUCAGCCCCUCACCUUUUCACAGCCAUCCCCACCCUGUCACAGCCCCCUCACGCACACCCUGUCACAGCCCCCACACACACACUGACACCCCCUCCGUACAAUUUUGGCCCCCACACACUGUCACCCCUUCAUACAAGUGUAUCAUUUUAUUUGGGGGUAGGUGAAUCUUGGCUGAGUAACCACACUUUUUCCCUCAAGUCUUGACCCCUGAUAUAACUGACUACAAAAUGUUCAAGGCGGCAUUGAACUUUAAUGUGGGUCUAUCAGUUUUAAUGCGUAAACUUUUCUGUGCACUGUCAAAAUAUUAAAACUUUUUGCAAUUUGUAUUAAGUUUUUCAUGUUGUCUGCUUUAAAAUAUGUAAAGGGUUUCUCCAACCUUUUGGGCACUAUGAAUUAGUUUCUAGCAUUUUACUUACCAGAAAUCCAGCACCGGGUGAAGCUCCCAGCCCUGACUUCCACACCCCCUCCUGGCGACACAGGGGACCUCCCAUGGUUUAAUCACAGGCUUCUCAUAAGACCUGUGAUUGGACCGUUUUGCCGGCCCAUGGCACAUGCACAAAAUCUGAGCCUGAGGAGGAUUUUAAUUUCUACAGCAAAAACCAAUUCAAUUAAUCGAGGGAGGAUAGAGGGACGUGAAAACUAUCUUACCCUUGCAGGUGCUGUCUGGAAAGGAGUAGAUUAUCAUGUCUGUUGCCAGCGUGUACUGUGCAUGCACAGAAUUGACAUUUGGCAACAUUUGAACAAGAGGCCCCCACCGACACCCAUUAUCAAAUAAUGCAAGCAAUAAUUAAAUUAAAUGGCCUGUGUCCCUGGGAUCUACUUCUUCCUGUUUCCCCUCUGCAUGUGACACAGUUUCCAGCCAGCUGGUGCUGGCAUAUCACUCCAUAUAACCUGCUGCCUUGACUCUCAGUGCACCCUGCAGGGCUGCCGUCCUAACGCUUAUGUCCCCUUUGAAGCCUCCACCAUCCCACACAUACUCACACACAUGCUUCUAGAUACAUAAAUGCACACACAUACAUUCCAGACACACUCUUGGGGAUACACACACCCACUGCCUGGCACACAAACAGACUCCUACAUUAGCAGACACAUAUACACGGGCACUGACAGAGACACGUACAUACGCAAAUAUUGACAUUUAAGAAGUUUUAGUCUGCCUGCUUUCUGAUUACCUAUUGCCAGGAGGGUGGCUUCCCUGUGGUCCACUGGGUAUCCAGUAGCUACUUUGGGUUGUACUUAGGGGCCUGUGAUGGGCAGUUUCUGUCUUUCUGCAUAGCCUCGUCUGACCACUGGGAGGAAUAGAUUGUAAAACACUUCCUGCCAGAGGGCCGUGCAUGUUUAGAAUCUGUACCUUGUAAAGUGCCCGUGCCAUCACAGGAUUCUGCAAUUUGGUCCAGGGCCAAAUUGGACCACCUAGCACUGCAGGGCCCCUUGCGAACACCAAAGAAUGGCUGGUUCCCUUAACCGGUUAUGGGCUGUACCCUCCUGAUGAUGGCUCUGCUACCCUUAGCCUCUGCUUCUCUGUCACCACUCCACUCCAUUCCCCUCUCAUCCCUCAGCUUUAUCUCCUUCUCUCCCACUAAGCUCCAUCUACCUUUCACCCCUUAGCUCCAUCUCCCCAGCACUAUAAAUUGUUGGGUCACUGACACUGGUGAUCCAGUACUACCGAAAACAGAGAGCUACAUCACCAAGAAGAGAGCAGCUCCUUCACAGAUAAUACUUACACCCAGGCUUUCAACAAUUGGGUCAGGCGAUGCAUUAUUCCUUGGGGACCACCUGCAAUAUUAUCUGAUGCUUGGCACCGAUGCUACUGCUCCCUUUCCAUUCCUCGAAUCUGCAACAGUGCGAGGAGAGGCUCCUUGCAACAGCUAAUGGUGAGCCACCACAUGCUACAGUUCCUGCUCUUAAGUUAUGUGAGUUAUCCAGCCGCAAGGCCUUAGGCGGUCAGCUAGACCGGCCAAUUAGAGAGCCCCCUAUGCAUGGCACCCUCUCCUUGUAAGUAUUUGCAGAGCGCCAGUCAGUUCCUACACGGAGCUGCUGUUGGCUAGCUGCGGUGUCAGCUGAUCACUCUUAGCCAAUGAGCUAAACCCUGCAUAGCUCAGCAACACCCACUAGGUUAUCAAAGUGUUACAAGUCGAUUUGAGAAAGACUGAGUUGUUGGAAACAUUGUUACUUCCUGUGUAUUAUGCUGGUGCCUGGUACUUAUAGAUCCUCUUCUGUGAACAGAUGCUAGAAAUUUAAUGUGAGUGACUGCUCCUUUACACAGAGUUACAUGUUGACUUUGAAGAGCAGAAUUAUUUAUAUACAUAUUUUAUUUUUCUUCCUAGGUUGUAGAUCACCAUCACAAUGCUGCUAAGAGCUCUUUGCUGCUGCCUGUUUUUUAGCACUGCUGUUGUUCUCUGCGCUGGAGGAAAGGGGCACAUAUCUAUUGUUCUUCUGGGGGCUACAGGGGAUUUAGCUAAAAAAUACUUAUGGCAGGGAUUUUUCCAGCUUUACGUCAAUGAAGUUUCUAGAAGGCACAGCUUCAGCUUUCAUGGAGCUGCAUUGACCCCUCCAGAGAAAGGUUCAGAAUUAAUGUUCAAUGUGCUGAAGUCUCUCAGCUGUCCUGUGGACAUCACCCCAGACAGAUGUGUCUUGUUAAAGGACCAGUUUUUGAAGCUUAGUCGUUACAGGCAGCUGAAAACUGCAGAGAAUUACACAGCACUUCACCUGGAUAUCCAGAAAUCGCUGGCCGAUGAGGGGCUACAUGAAGCCGGGAGACUGUUUUACCUCUCUGUGCCACCUUUUGCCUAUGCCGAUAUUGCUAAGAACAUCAAUGCCAGCUGUAGGCCACUUCCUGGAGCUUGGCUUCGCGUGGUGCUAGAGAAACCCUUCGGACAUGACUAUGAAUCCGCAAAGUCAUUGGCCGCUGAGCUUCAAACCUAUUUCCAGGAGGAAGAGAUCUACCGAGUAGAUCAUUAUCUUGGAAAACAGGUAAGUCGGAAUCUUGUUGCAACAUUUUUCAACCCUUAGAACCCAGAACUGGUUAGUUGUAACUGACUGUAGUAAUCAUGGCAAACUCGCGGCUUGCCAGACCGCAAAUAUAUUCAUUGUGGGCCGCGAGUUUGACAUGCUUGGUGUAUAUGAAUUACUGCAAAUCUUAUCCAAUAUAUCAGUGAUAAAAUGCAUCUUUUUAAAGAAACACUAUAGCUUUAGGAACACAGAACUGUAUUUUGGCCCCCCACACCCAGUAAAAAAAAAUAAUAAAAGUUUAAAAUCCCUUUGAACACUUACCUCUUUCCAGCAUCUAGGUCCCUCGGUCUGCUUCUUUCCUCGAUAUCACAACGAUGCUAGAACCUCAUGUGCAGUGAAGGCUGCGUACAUUGAACCUCCCCUAAAGGAAAGCAUUGAAUCAAUGAUUUCCUAUAAGGAUUUUAAAGGCGCCGGAUGUACUCAUGCAAAGAUGUCGUUUAACAAAGUUAGACUGCGUGAGAAUGCAAAGAAAUACCUUUAGUGGCUGUCUGUUAAAAGCGCCAUGUUCUCUAAACCUUUACUGCUAGUCUCAGAUUUUAUGCUGAUGUGUGCAGGUCAUAACGCUGUGUAUCUGUAGUUUUAUACCAUUUUCUCUAACUCUGUCUGUGAUUCAUGGGAGUUUCAAAUUAUCAUACAUCAGUAGCAUGUUUACAUUUGUGAAAUGCAACUCCACAUGUAGUUUAAAAUCCAAAAGAAGGCAUAAAUUGUCCAUAAAGAUGAAUAAGGAACAGCUACAGAGAGAUGCAUAGCUGCUUUUGCCUUUAAAUUGUCUAAUUAUUUGAUACUUUUUAAAACAUGCAUUCAUACAGUAUAAUGAAAUGUAUAAUUUGUUUCCCAAUGUAUUGGUAUAUUUCAAUACUACGACAUUUUUUAUUGACUCUUUAUGGUCUACUUUCAGACGGUUGAACAGAUUCUUCCAUUCCGGCUCAGCAACCUGAAGCAUCUUGAUCCAAUCUGGAACCGACAUCAUGUGGAGAGAGUAGAGAUUGUGAUGAAAGAGACACUGGAUGCAAAAGGUAACAAGAAAUCCCACAUUUAAAUGAAAACUUAAUUCAAAUAAAUUUAUGAAUGGGGUGCAAACUCAAAAUAACAUACGGGAAGAAAAAAAAAGCGUAUGGGCACCCCUUGCCAAUAAGGUGUAAGGGCAUCCUUGGCCUGUGUGGUGUGUGGGCAUUUUAAGGUAAGGUACGUGGGCACACCUUGCCGGUAAGGUGUGUGCAUUUCUUAAUGAUGGGAUAAAUAACAUGUUGUUAUAUCAUAUUGCAUUUAUUAUCAGGUCGGAUUAGUUUCUAUGAGGAAUACGGUGUUAUUCGUGAUGUCAUCCAAAACCACCUAACGGAAAUACUUGCAUCUGUUGCCAUGGAAGUUCCACGCAACCUCAGCAGCUCGGAAGAUAUCCUCAGAGCAAAGCUCAGUCUACUGGAUUCUUUACACAAACUCGAACUGGGCAGUGCGGUGGCCGGCCAAUAUCAGGAUUACCUAGCACAGGUGAAGGAGGAGAUCGAGACAAAGCCAAAUUUUUUCACCAAUACAAAGACCUUUGCUGGUGAGUGAGCUAAUCUGUUGGUAAUGUUAAAUUACCUGUUACUCGUAUAGAAUGUUUGUUUUGAAUUUUGUAACGUUCAACAUGUUAAUUAGCAUGCCACAGACACGGCUCCAAAUGUUCAAUCAUGGUGAGUGUGCUGUGGACGUCCGCUACUUGUGAAAAUCCUCAGGGCUGCUUGCCAGCAGCAACAUAUUAAAUAUUAACUGCAGUUUAAUUAUUUUAGCACAUUUUUAUUUAAUUUUUAUUUGGAACCCAAAAAUUGGCAGCGCUUCUAUUUAUUCCAUAACUUGUUUGGUCAACAAAAUAACACGCUAUCUCUCCUGCUUACUAUUUUAUUGAUUUUGUUUUGUGCAUAUACACUAUGAUAUAAGUAUGACCACUCUCGAGGAAGAAAAUAACGUUCGGAUUGCAUGAAUGGAUACAUAUCGAUUGCUACCUACACCAAAGGUUUUAAGAGGAGCAGUUGGAGGAAUGUAGUGCCACCUAGUGGCUGGCUCUUGCUUUGCUGAAACAGAGAUUCAUUUACAUGGGCACAGCAAAUUGAUGUGUUGAUUGUCUUACAAAAACCAUAGCUGUAGUGAUUAUAGUGAACCCACAAUGUAAGUAGUCAAACUGCUUUAGAACACCCUGCCUCCAUUACAGCUACUUCCACAGCUAUAGGAAAUCCAUACAUUAGAGGCACACUUUUUAAAAAAAUUUUUUUUUUUUGCAAUGUUCCAAAAUAAUAUUUACUGAUUAGCUAGUCCAGUCGCAACAGCCCAAAAAAACCCUGAAAAAAAUUAGGCAAGUGAUGCCUGUGUCAUUUGUGGAAUCCGAUUCAGCAUCAGUAUUGAUGCAGCGACUACGUACAGCCUGAGAACGGGAAUACAGAAGGGGAUGAAGAGGGGCAGGUAUUGUGACAUUCCCUCCCUGUGGCUCAGGGUCCCCAACCUCUGGGCCACCCUGCCCAAUAAUAAACCCUACAGUCUCCCUCUUUGUAUAAUAAAUCUUAGAGAAAAAUGAUGGUAUAUUAAAAUAAAAAUGGAAAAAAAACUUGAAAAUUAAUAUUUAAAUACUUAGAUUGUGGAUUUUCUAUAUUUAUAUCUUGGCUCAAUGAAAGGUGUGUAAGCAGAAGAGAUUAUAUAUUCAGCCCUACCACCUUGCUAUACAAUGUGAUUGUAUAACUUGCCACUUUAAAAAACAAAAAUAAAACUUGUGAAAGAACUGAUUGCUCUUCCCAGUAGUCAGUGAUGCUGAAACGUGAAUGUCUGUUGUUCUUUUUAUCUUAUUUCUUGCCUUUUUUUUUUUUUUUUCUUGACUAAUCUGAAUAUGUUUUUUGUUUUUUGUUUUUUGCUCUGAUAUGCAAAAUUUGCAAUUAUGCCAAGAAAUUCUAUCUGCUGAUUUAGCUGAAUUAAGAAGUCAGCAUGAGAGCCAUGAUAGUAAAUAUUACGAACCUUUUAAGUGACUUCGAGCAUACAUUUUUUUUAUUUUGUUUUGAUAUGCAUGUUUUACUAUAUUUUUGUUAAUUGACCUGAUAGAGGGAUCAGCACACUCCAUAUUAAACAGGUUAUAGGUAUAAAAGCUCAGUAAAACCACCUAAGAUAAAAAUUGUGGGCAUAUGUUAUGGCCAUAAAAAACCCUUACAUUUACAACUCUGUCAAAGUUCUCGAUUUCUGGAAGGCUACAAACCUUUUAUAGCUGUAACAUGUGACUAACCGACUAACCCACAUUUUUUCAUAGGUAUUAUUACGUGGCCGUGAUAUAUAGAAUGUGCUGACUCACUCUUUGUGUGUGUUUUGUGUGUUUGUGUGUAAUGUAGGUUUAUAGAAAAUACAUUUUUCAUCUAAUAAUUAUCAAACUACUAAUGAAUUUGUGUUGUGUAAUACUUAAUCAAACCUUUCUUCUUUACAGCUGUGCUGGUCCAUGUUGAUAAUGUGCGAUGGGAAGGCGUCCCGUUUCUCCUGUUAUCAGGCAAGGCUCUGGACGAGAGGACUGCAUUUGUGCGUGUGGUUUUCAAAGACAAUGCCUUCUGUGUACAAAAACAAUCAAAUCGGGAUCCUCUAAGAAACUCGUGUAAACCCAAACAGAUUAUUUUCCAUAUUGGACACGGUGAAAUAGGCUCCCCUGCUAUCCUAGUCAGUCAGGGACUUUUCAAACCUAAUGUUAACCCCAGCAAAUGGCAAAGAGCAUCAGAGCUCCCCUCGAUCCAGGUGUUUGGACAACCUCUGUCUGAUUAUUACGUGUACCACCCCAUUGUAGAGAAAGAUGCCUACUCUGUGCUAAUAUCCAAUAUAUAUAGAGGGAAAAAGGACUCCUUCAUCACAACCAAAAAUCUGCUGGCAUCCUGGAGUUUCUGGACUCCACUUCUGGAGAGUCUGGAGCAUGAGUCGCCCCGGGUAUAUCCUGGAGGUACAGGCAAUGAGCAGUUGCUAGAUUUUGUGAUUGAAGAUGGGAGUUUAAGGUUUGUAACUGAUGAGAAUCUGGAAGUGUUGAGUGUGGCACCAAAGAUUAAUGUGUUUUCCUCUACCCAAUCUUCUUUUCUUGGUAAUUCUAUGGUGUCUGACUGGGCUGAGUCACUAAUACAGACUCUAGGACGAGAUAUUCAGAAUGCAGCUGAAGAGUCCAUAAAACGUUCAGGGGUCUUCCAUUUAGCGCUGUCUGGUGGAUCUAGUCCUUUAGCUUUGUUUCAGAGGUUGUCCAGACAUCAUCAUGGUUUCCCAUGGAAGCAUACUCACUUAUGGUUGGUAGAUGAACGAUGUGUACCCUUCACUGAGUCAGACUCUAAUUUUGGCAACAUUGAAAAACAUCUCCUUCAGCAUGUGCGAAUUCCAUACGUAAAUAUUCACCCAAUGCCAGUUCAAAGGAACCAGCGCCUCUGUGACAUAGAAGACAUGGGCAACCAAACAUACGCAGAAGAUAUUUUUGCUCUAGUAGGCAAUGCCAGCUUUGAUUUUGUGCUUCUAGGCCUGGGCAACGAUGGCCACACAGCUUCCAUUUUUCCAGGGAAGGAAGAUGGUAUUUAUGGAAGGUCUACGGUGUUGCUUACAGAAAGUCCACAAAAACCUCACCAGAGGAUGAGUCUUAGUCUCCCACUCAUCAAUAAAGCUCAGAAAGUUGCUAUUUUGGUAUUGGGGAAAGGAAAGCAUGAAAUUCUAACUCUUAUCAGUAGAGCAGAGAAAACCCCCAAAAAGUGGCCUAUUCAUGGGGUGAAUCCCACACCUGGGAAGUUAGUUUGGUAUAUAGAUUAUGAAACUCUGUUGAGGUAAAAUAACUUUUUCCAUUACAUUGCCUUUUUUUUUGUUAUUUUGGUAGCUGCUUCGGAAAUCAGGAAAGCACAUUUUUAUAUAAAUCUUUGAAGAGUUAGAACAUUGUCUACCCUAGGUUCACCACCAAAAUAUCAACAAAUUCGCACAAUGUAUCAAUAGUCCCUAGAAGGUUUUUAUAAGCAGAAGGUGAGCUGUUAUGUCUCUAGUCAACACAUUGAUUUUUAUAUUGGUGUGCACAGCUGCGGUAGGUCGGUCUUGCCUCUGGCAUCAAACCUGCUAAACUUAUUUAGUCAGUGACAACUAAAAGAAAUCUGAUGUAUAGUUUAACAGAGUGUGAUUGUGACGAAUGUUAUUCAAGGAAAAAUAGAAAUGUGAGACGCUGAUACAAUACAGUAUGUGAAUUACCAAAACUGAAUACUAAAAGAAAUCAUGUGUCCAGACUUCCUAAACAAACUUUUUUUUUUUUAAGGGGCAGAUUAACAUAUUUUCUUUUUUUUGUGUGCUAAUUAUUAACUUACACAGAUUGGCCAAUUAUCCUGUCCCUUCCCAGUGCAUUUCUUGCAAGAAUUAACCUGCAUUAUUGCCCAGCGGUAUCGGGGUAUCCUGCACAAUGGCCCAUACCGUACUUAUCCAGCUGACAUGUGUGACGUUUACGUUUCUAAAUCAGAUUGGAGGUAUCAUCCAUUUCUUUCAUAGUGUCUACUACUAGAAGAUUACAGGCACGAUUACUGGCAUGCGGUCUGCUGUUCUUAUUAAGGAAUUAGAUUGCAAGUUCUGGUUAAACUGAACAAUUUGUGUUCCUCAGUUCCUUUUUAUAUUACCAAUACAACUUCAGCCUCAGGUGGGUGAUCUGACCGAACAUUUACAGCUACAAUGUUACAAAGGAAGUCACUUUCCAGCAUCCAAAAAAGUGGUCUUUCAAAAUGUAGGUAUUUUUCACACCUUGGCAUAAAUUAUGUAUACAAGAAAAUGUGUAGUAUGACCUUAUUUGUUUGGUCUGUAGUGAACAUUUUGUAUUGUUUUACUAUAUAUCAAUUCUAGAUAAAAUGUAUCUUUUAUCUCAUUCACGCCCCACGUAUGCUAAUAAAUUGAUGCAUAGAUUAAACUACUGAUAAAUGUGAAACCUGAUCACUAAUGUACAAUUCGUAUCACCAGCAUUUGAAUCCAAUGACUGUGAAUAAAUGUUCUUUUGUACUUUCUUGCACAUACGUGCAUUUAUAUCAUCUACUUUUUGUGCUUUGUAAAAGCUGAAUGUAUGUAUAGAGAUAAUUCUAUAAAAACAAAAUCUCCUCUAUUUGUAUAGCUAACUAGGUGUAAAAAAAAAAAAAAAUGAAUUGAGCUGUGGCUUUUAUUUGGGACACUAGCAUAUGUAACCUACCUCUCAACAUGGGAUUUCUGGUCCUUUUGGCACAAGUUCUCCGUUAUUACCUUGAAUAAUAUUGGUGCACAGUGUUCCUUCUUCUCUGAGUGAUUCCUACUAAAUCAUUGAAGAAUGUAAUAAUCUGUUCUAACAAGUACGCCUCGCACUUUACAUAAGAACAAAAGGUACUUAAUGCAUACAGUUGGGUGUGUUUGUUUUUGAAGAUGUUUAACUGCUGUUGACAAUUGCAAGGAAUAGUGAUUUUACCUAAAGUGCCAGUUCACCUGCCAUUGAACCCAAUUACUAUGAAACAAAUAGCUCUGAAUUAUUUCAACCUUUACAAUAUUUUUGCACAUGUGCACAAUAAAGUACAAAAUAUGAUUCUGCCCUUUGAAUUUGUUAUUUUUUUCCCUUUUUCUCCACUACAUUCACUUAUUUCCUACUCGUGCAUUAUAUUUAAUUUGUUCUCUCCACUUGUUAGCCUACUGUCAACCAGUUGAAAUUUGCGAUCUUUAUCAUUUACAUAUGUAGACACUAGGUGGCGCCAUGCUACUGCCAUGCAAAUAAGACUCCAUUAUCUUUGGCAAUCUGUGAUUAUAUUGAUUGUGUGUAUGCAAUAUUGGUCAGACUACUUCAAGAUUUUAUCGUAUUCGUGAUGCAAGGCAGCAUCAAAACUAUCUGUUUGGUAAUACAUGGAGAUUUUUAAUGAAAUGCAAAUAGUAUAGUUAAACGGAUACAGCCAAAGAAAGUCCUGAAAGUAAAAUGAACAAACCUAUAUAAAAUAAUAGUAAAGGGAGGCAGGGCCUGACUGCUUACCGAGACAGGCACAUGGUGCUUGAGCUCCUCAGGGAAACCCACUUAUUAAGCCUGUUAUUGGCCUUAAUUGCUUUUAUUUUUGCUAAAACGCUUGUCCCUAACCCUGUGGUACUCCCUGCUGAUGAUUUGACUUGCCACUGCCUGCAACUGGCAAAGCCGGUCAGGACUUUACUGCGACCUGCAGCUGCACUCAGCUGGAGCCUGUUGCCCUUUUCUCCCCUUCCCCCCCACCCCCACUCUUUGGACCAGUGUGGAUAUCCCGGUCCCACUGGUGACUUGCAGUGAUUAUAUUGCCAAGGUCUGCAGUUAACUGAUAGACUGGGGAGUUCAGGCCUGGGAGUUAAAAUGGCUUCCCUGACUGAGCCUGCUGUGGAGGACACCUUCCCACAGUCAACCACACACAAGGAGCCACUACUUGUGGCCUUUGAUCUAGUCUAUGAGGCCUUUUCGGCGGAGCUUGCACUCCAGAUUGCGACACCUCCAAGCCGUUCUAUGGAACGCAAUCGCAGACAUUGGCUCCCCACGCAGGUGUCCAAAGAGGCGCCCUGGGAAGGUGGGUGCAGAAAACAACGGCUGCCCACCAAUGCUCCAAACCGCAUACUCUCUACCAUAUGAUCCGACAGCAGGGAUGUCAAUCAUUCCGCAUCCAGCGUGAUCAGCCUGUCCCGGGCACUCCCUACCCUAUUUACCUGGUGUGCGGAAGACUGCAGCUGCGAGUUCCGGUGGGUGUACAUGCUGCUUCCAUUUCUCUGGACUGGUUGGGAGCUUGUCUGAGAGAAGGUCUCAGAGGGGAUACUGUCAGCGGGAAAUGCUGGAACGAUCAACCCUUGGCAAUCGGUUAGAUGACACUUCAGCUUAACCUGCUGAUAAUGCACCUAUGGUUUCCUCUAGCUACGCUUCUCUACUAACCUUGAGCGCUCCUAUCCUACCUGCAAUGUUCUAAUUUACCCAGUGGUCCUUACCUCUUGAAUCACUCUCAGUGCCACCAUCUUUUUUAGCAUGUACUUUGCGUUAUUGUUCAUAAUGUUAGACCUGUGUUACUGUCAUUUGUUAUAAUACUCCUCUUGUCUCUUCAAAGAGAAAAAAAACUGUGCAGUUCACUCCUGAUAUUUCAUAUUGCUGCAGAAUUCACGUAUUGUUGUAAGUCAUUCUGUGAAAUGUUUCUAUAUAUUUGCCUGUCAGCUAUG